AUGGAAAAAUUAAGAGUAUUUGAAUUGAGAAAUAAAACAGAUGCUGAACUAUUGAAGCAACUGGAAGAACUGAAGCAGGAGCUGGCAACAUUCAGAGUGUCAAAAGUAACAGCAACAGGAACCUCAAAACUCUCGAAGAUCACACUUGUAAGAAAAGCAGUGGCUAAAGUAUUGACAGUGUAUAACCAGAGAAAGAAGGAGGAGGCGAGGAAAAAAUACAAAAAGUUGUCGAAGACACCACUCAACCUAAGACCGAAGCUUACAAGAGCGAAAAGAAAGGCACUGACAACGAAGCAAUUGACUUUGAAGACAAUUAAGGAGAGAAAGAGGACGGAGAACCUGCCGAAGCGCAAAUACGCACUCCUAGCCUAA